AUGGCGCCAUAUGGUGACGUCGUCCGCUGCUUCGUCGCACGCGCCCCGCAGCCCGGCGCGCCGGCCGCGCCCGGCGCCGGCGGCGGCGCGCUGCUGCCGCCGGGGCGCGGCAAGGGGUAUGGGUUUGUCGAGUUUGCGGUGCCGGCGGCGGCCAAGGCGGCGCUCAAGGGGCUGGAGGCAGAGUAUGAGGGCGUCAAGGCCAGGCUGAAGGCAUUGGAGGACGAAUACUUCCAGGAACGCGCCAGGAUCCGCCUGCGGCUUGAAGAGGAGUCUAGGCAGCAGGCGCGCGAGGAGGAGGCCGCCACCGACCGGGCCGCCGCAGACGCGCGCGCCGCGCUCGAAGCCAAGGCGCGCGCCGACGCCGCGGCCCGUGCAGAUGCACGGGCGGCAGCAGACGCCGCGCGUGCGGCGGCGGAUGCAGAGGCGGACGCGGCGGCGGAUGCGGAGGCGGAGGCGGGCGCGGCGGCGGCGGCGGACGGCGCGGGGCAGGAGGAUGCGGCUGCGAGGGAGGCGCGGGAUGCGGCGGCCGCGGCUAAGAGAGAGGCGGCUGUCAAGGCCAGGGCGGAGGCUCGGGAGAAAGAGGCGCGGGAGCAGGAAGCGGCAGAGACGCGCGAGCGUCAGAAGGCAGAGGGGCAGGCGCGGGAGCUGGAGAGGGGGCUGCGGGAGAGGGGGCAGCGGGAGCGGCAGGAGCGGGAGCGCGAGCGCGAGCGGAAGUUGAAGGAGCGGGUGGCCGAGGAGGUCGGGAAGCUUCCGCCGCCGCCGGGGCCUGAGCAAACGCUCAAGAUUCGCCGCGCGGAAUGGAGCUACCCGCGCACCGUCCCCGAUCACUUCGCAACCCAGAUCGUGAUCAACGGCCUCGCGCGCGCGCGCACGAUCGGCCCCGACGACGUCACGCGCGUGGCCGGCCUCUUCGGCUGGGUGCACGCCGCGCACGUGCCGCAGACGCAGCACCUCCACUUGGGCUACGCCAACGUCGAGUUCCUGCGCUCCGACGAGGCCGAGGCCGCCGCGCUAACCUUGGACGGCAAGGACGUCCCCAACCUCGGCCCGUCGAUCACAGUGUCGCUGGUCAACCCUGCCAAGAGCCCCGACAGGGGGGCGUGCACGCUGAAGGCGCCGAAAAAGAAGGGGCGGGACAAGGAGAUGACAGAGGACAGGCCGGGGCCCGGCCCCGGUGCCCGCCCCGGCGUGGGCGUGCCCGCGGGCGGCCGCGGCGGCGCAGGCCCCGGGGGCGGCCCCGGCGUGGGCAUGGGGGGCAUGGGGGGCCGUGGGAAGGGGGCGCCUGGAAUGGGCAUGGGCGGCGGGAUGGGAAUGGGCAUGGGAGUCGGCGGUCUGGGUGGUGGGAUGGCGGGCGUGCCGCCAGCAGCGGCGGCGAUGCAGCAGCGGUUGAUGGCGCAGCAGCAGCAGGCCGCGUUCAUGGCGAUGCAGCAGCAGGCGGCGGCGAUGACUCAGAUGGCGAUGAUGCAGCAGGCGCAGCAGGCGAUGGCGCAGCAGCAGCAACAGCAGCAGUUGUUGGCGGCGCAGCAGCUCCAGCAGGAGCAGCAGCAGCAGCAGGCUGCACAGGCGCAGGCGCAGCAGCAGCAGAUGCUGGCGAUGCAGCAGCAGGCCGCGGCGGCGGGCAUGGGGGGCGGUUACGGCGCCGCCGGGGACCAGGGCGGAUGGUAUGGGUCCGCGUACGGCGCCGCGGGCGGACAGCAGGCGCAGCAGCAGCAGGCCGUCGUCAGCGCGCAGCCGCAGGCGUACGGCGCAGCGGCGGCCCAACCUGCGGGGCAAGCAGCCGCUGGCGCCGGCGGCUUUGGCGGGCAGCAGCAAGCAGUCGCGGCGUCCGCAGCAGCGCCGUACGGCGCGCCGGCCGGCGCGGCGCCGGGCGCGCCGGCGGCGGCAGCAGCGGGCGGCGGCGCCGCAUACGGUGCGUAUGGCGGCGCGGCUGCUGGCGGGUAUGACGCUGCCGGCGCUCAGGCGUAUGGUGCGCAGGCGUACGGCGCACAGGCGUAUGGCGCUGCGCCGACGCAGGCGCCGCAGGUGUAUGGCGCCGACGCGGCCGCGGCGCAGGGCGCGUACGGGCAGCAGUACGGCGCGCAGGCGCCGGCGCAGCAGGCGGCGCCGGGGGCGGGGGCGGCGGUCGACCCGCGGUAUGCCUACCCCCCAACGCAGCAGCACGCGCAGCAGCCACAGCAGCAGCAACAGCCCACGGCAGACCAGCAGCAGCAAGCGUACGGCGCCGCGCCAGGAGGGGCCGCUGCUCACCAAUACGGCCAGCAGUACGCUCAGCAGUACGGCGUGAGCGGCGACGCGGCGGCUGCGGCGCCCGGCGGCGGCUACGGCGCCAACACGUAUGCUGCGGGCCAGCAGGCGGCAGCCACUGCUGCCGGGGCAUCUUACGGCGCACAGGGUCAGCAGCAGCAUGCGGCAGCAUACGGCCAGCACGCCGCCGCGGCGUACGGCCAGCAGCCGCAGCCAGGCGGGUAUGGUGCGGUGGGGGCGCUGCAGCAGCAGGCGGCGAGCGCUGGGGAGUACGGCCAGCAGCAGGCGGCUGCAUAUGGGCAGCAGGCGUAUGGCGCCCAGCAAGGGGCUCAGCAGCAGCAACAGCAGUACCAGCAGCAGCAGCAGCAGCAGCAGCCGGCCGCCACGGGGGCCGGCUACUACGACCCCUCACAGCAGCAGGCGGCGGCCGCGGGCGUCACCGGUUACGCCAGUUACCCGGGCGCCGCGGCCGGCUACCCCCCGACGGCGGGCCAGCAGCAGCAGCAGCAGCAGCAGCAGCAGCAGCAGGGCGCGGCCGGCUACCACUACGGUGCGCCCGCCGCCGUCGCCGGCAGGACGGGAGCGUCUGCAGCAUCCGCCCCAAAGUACGUGCCCGGUGGCGCUGCAGCCGCAGCACCCGCCGCCGCAGGCCAGAAGCGGGAUGCGUCGGGGGUGGCCGCGGCGUACGGGGGCGCUUACGGUGGCGCCGUGGGGUACAGUGGUCAGGACAAGAGGCCGCGCUACUGA